UCUCACCCUGCAACAUGACCCCACCUUCUUCAAACUUCCAUGGCUUCCAACACCAACGCCAAUCCAGAGAUAUCAUCAAAGGCCCACGUCCUUCUCCAUUGAUGAUCAAAAGAACCUCUCAUUCCAUCAGAAAACCUUCCUCAUCAUCCUUCACACAGAUGACGGCGGCGGCCGCCAUGAACAAUCCCAAAGCCCAUCACGGUCAUCUUCAUCAUCAUCAUCAACAACAACAACAGAUAAGGAAGCCUGUCAUCAUCUACACCCACUCGCCCAAGACCAUCCACACCAAGCCUGAAGAUUUCAUGGCUCUCGUUCAGAAGCUCACCGGUAAGCCCCGUCCUAAAGACAAGAAAGAGGCUGCAGUUUCCGGCGCCGGCACCGAGAAUUUAGAGUCGUCUUUGUCCGAUGAAUCCAUCAUUAGCAGUAUUAAACAAGAGAAGAUUGGUUCUUGUGAUGUUAAUAACGAGAUUACGAGUUCACCAUCAUCGGCGCUAAAUCGAUGCACUACUGGAGCUGCGGAUCUGAAUUAUGCAGAUAUACCUCUUUUUACGCCCAAUUCGUCAGAUUUCUGGAUCAGUCCUUACAAUAGAUCGGUGUUUAACAAGCAAUCUUCUGCAGAUUCACCCUUCAGUAUGCUAGGUAGUUUGAUUUCGCCUUCUGGGUUGGAAUUCAUCAAAGAGCUUCCAGAAUAUUGAAUUUUAACUUUGGAGAUCAUUUGAUCAUAUGAAGGUCAUCAAUCUGAUUCUUCUUUCAUAGUGUAGAUCAGAUCAAAUUGUGUUGUUUUUCUUGCUUUCAUUGGUUGGUUUGUCUACGUUGAAUAAAGUUUUGUUAGCUUCAAAAUAACAACUAGAUGCCUAGAAGAUAGAAUAGUAGCUAGGUAUCCUCAAUACUAUGAAUAAUCAAUAAAAUUUAAUUUAUUCUUUGUGGAUAUAUAUA